UGGUAUUGUGUGACUGCAGUAGUACUGGAGAUGAGGAGAAGAUCUUCAGUUUCUAAAGGGAGAACUGCUGGGGCCAGGAGGAAGAGAGCUGUGACAAGUUUGGUGAUUAGGAAGCUAAGGAAGCUGAAGAGAAUUGUGCCGGGAUGCGGCCGGAGCUCCGGCGCAGACUCGCUCCUUCGAAGAACAGAAGCAUACAUAUCUUCCCUCGAAGAGCAGGUUCUUCUCCUGGAGAGCCUCUGCAACCUCUUCGAUGAACAAAUGAAGCACUUUUGCUGAAGAGUUAUUUAUUUGGAAUAGUAUAAGAUUAGUACAAGUUAAUUCGCUCGAAUUGAUACUAAUGGCAGGGAGAAAAAAGACUAUCGAGCUUCUUUUCCAGCAAAGAGAGAACAAAAAAUAAAAAUCCCUUCUUUGGUAACUGGGCUCCCUGUAUCAGUUCUACGAUAAAAUAAAGGUCAAAGCUUUAUGAAGGAAAUUAAUGCAUCUCUGAGAUCCAAUCUUUGACAAGUUUUGAUUUUUUUUUAAGCCUCUUUCAGAUCAGAGAAUCCAGGCAAAGCUCUAUUUGAAAGCAGCUUCUAUGAGUCGCUGUACUUAAUUUUCUGCAAUCAAAGCUUAGGUGUUAGAUGAAAUUUAUUAGCACUUAUAGUGAUAUCUUCGUUUACUCAGCACAA